AUGGAAAAUGAAGAACCAACACGCGACUCGAAUGGAAUACUCAAUGAUUUAAAAGGAAGGUCAAUUGAAGCUAAAGUAGAAGAAGUUAAACUAAUACGUGGUGGUGAACUAAGAACAGGAAGAGGAAAAAUGAUUUGCAACAGAUGUGGAAAUCCCGGACACUUGGCAAGAGACUGUAGAAGAAGAUGAGAGAAGAAGAAGAUAGAAAAUGGAGGCACAGACUUGGGGCACAUGGUAAAGCUGUAAAUUGUGGUGGGUUUGAAAAUAAAAUAAAUGAAAAAUAAAAUUAAAAUUUGGGAAAUUAAGAAAAGACCAGGGGACGGUCUUCCCCGGGGUUGGAGGUGUAAGGCGUACUUUGAUCCGGAUGGGCAAGGAUGGAGAAAAGGAACUUUAGUUCCUUUGGGAAAGGAUUUAAUAAGGGGAGGAGAUUGACAGAUA